GGUAAUUAAAUUUGCUCUCCGCUGUCUUGAAUUUUUUUAAUGUAUUUCAUAUUAAUAUGUGUGCUUCUCGUAGUUUUAUACUUAUACGGUAAGAGGAAUCAUAAUCAUUGGAAAGUGAAGGGAGUAAAGUUUGAGGAACCGAUUAUAUUUUUCGGGAGCACUCUGAAUAACAAACUGAAAAAUGUUUGUUUCUCGGAAAGGUUUAUUAAUAUGUAUAGAGAAUAUCCCGACGACAAGUACAUCGGCUUCUUCGAAGGCAACCGACCGGCGCUACUCAUUAGAGAUCCGGAUAUUAUACAACACAUUUUCAUAAAUAUUUUUUUUAAUUUUCACCAUCGAGGAGCGAAUGCGCACAAAGAGAUCACCGAACCGCUAAUGAAAAAUAUAUUCAAUGCUGAUGGUGAUCUGUGGAAAAUUGUCAGGCAAAAAAUUACACCAGCGUUCACCAGCGCAAAACUCAAGGCGAUGUUCCCGUUAAUCGUGGAGCAAGCGGAAAAACUUAUAGAAAAUGCAGACGGCUUCAUUAAAACUGACGCAGAAAUAGAUUCAAGGGAACUGAUGGCUAGAUUUACGACGGAUUUUAUCGGCGCGUGUGGCUUCGGAAUCAAUAUGAACUCCCAGAACGAUGGAAAUUCCGAGUUUCGAAAACUCGGUAAACGCAUAUUUACGUUUACGAAUCGUGACAUGAUCGUAUCCAUAUUGAAACGUACAGCGCCUAACAUCUUCAAACAUCUUCACCUCGUGUCUCCCGAAGUCGAGGAGAGUACUAUGAAGCUAUUGAAAUACGUCAUGGCUCAGAGGAACUACGAGCCAACAGGAAGAAAUGAUUUCAUAGAUAUGAUGUUGGAACUGAAACAAAAGGGUAAAAUUUCUGGUGAAUCUAUCGAGAAGCGCAAGUCGGAUGGUACGACAGAGACUGUCGAAAUAGAAGUCGACGACGAGUUGAUAGUAGCGCAAGCAUUCGUAUUUUUCGCAGCCGGUUUUGAAACAUCCUCCUCGUCGAGUAGUUACCUCUUACAUUUGCUGGCUCACCAUCCGGAUAAACAGGAGCGUUGUCAAGAGGAGAUAGACGAGGUGAUGGCACGUUAUGACAAUAAAUUAUGUUAUGACGCCGUGAAGGAGAUGAAAUACUUGGAGAUGGCAUUCAAGGAAGCAUUGAGGAUUUACACUCCUGUAGGUUGGUUGCAGAGGAGAUGUGUGGCAGCAUGUAAACUUCCCGGGACAGAUUUUAUUAUCGACGAAGGCACAGAUAUCGUUAUAUCCGCACAAGGUUUGCACACCGAUGACAAAUACUUUGAGAACCCUGACGAAUUCGAGCCCGAACGAUUCGAUCCGGACAGCAAUAAAUCAAUUAAGAACAACGCUUACAUGCCAUUCGGAGCCGGCCCCAGAGCUUGUAUUGGUGAGCGCCUAGGAAUAAUGCAGUCCUUGGCCGGGCUUGCUGCAGUUUUGAGCAAAUUUUCUGUAUCACCAUCCAAGAGUACAGUUUACAAGCCUGCUUAUGAUCCAUCGUCAUAUCAAAUCUCCACCAUAGUAGGAGGGUUACCUCUGUCGUUUAGUCGUCGGCAUUGGAUUUGAGGAAAAAUU